CUGCAGUACAGUAAGAAUGACAGAGCGACACUUCUAAAUGUUUUUUUUUGUUGCUGAAGGUAACUGAAAUCAGCUAUGCAGCUAUGAAAGGCAUCUUUGGUGGGAAGGUUUAAUAUUACCACUCUACUCCUUUGUACUUGUAGGUUGCCUGAGAUGUUCUCUGAAUCUUGGAAGCUGGAUGGCCGCAACUGGAAAAAAUCUUCCUUGCAAAAGAAACCUGUUGUCCUUAGAAUUCAGAAGAGCUGCAUGUUCAAGGCGCCUGGUGGCAGCACCGUCAAUUUGAACGAAGGAGAUACACUUGUAGUGUUGAAAAAGUCUGAUAAAGAUUGGUGGCAAGUCAGGAAAGUUGAAGAAAGUGAAACCACCAAACCUUUCCAUGCACCCUCUUCGUAUAUCAGCCAACUGAUCUUAGAGAAGAACAAAGAACAAAGAAGCAAAGACAAGGAAGGCAUCAAACAUUUUACUAGAUCACAAGAGAACUUGCUGUUUUUUAGUUCUGUUCCUUCUACAAUGGAUGAUCAGUCUUACCUUAAGUUUUACUCUGGCGAGUCUUUAACACCGACAAUUCCUCCGUCUUCCAAGCAUAAGAAAUCUGCCAGCUUCUCCCUUAGUUCCUCUUGGCAUGGUUAUUUUCCUAAAUGUGAGAAGGAGAAAUCCCCAUUUUACAAGAGUGUGUCAGAGAAGGUGAGCUUAGCAAACCCAAUGCAGGAAAAUCCAGUAUAUAGUAACCUAGAGGAGAUGAAGAUGGGGAAAGGUAUUCCUCCCAGCCCCACCCAUCCUCCUAUCCACAUGAUUGACAACUGGGAGUGCCACUUUGACCCUCUCUCAGGCAGAAACUUCUACAUCAAUACAGAAACCAAGGAGAAAACAUGGAAGCCCCCCAGGAAAACAAGGGACCACACCCCUGGAAGGGCUGAUACACUUCCUAAAGAUGUGGAAUCAUCUGGGGAGUAUGACAAGUAUCAAAUCCCCAGAACACCGUUUAUGCAAGUGAAGGGGGAACAGAUCAGUGACCCCACCUUGGAGCAGCACAGCAUAAGCCCACUAAGCAGCUCACAAUCGUUUGGCAGCUUACACAGAAUAAGUAAUGAUGGACAAUUGGAUGGGGAGAAGCCUCUGCUACCAAAACUUACCUACACCAAAUCUAUGAUACUGUCUAAUUCAAGAGUUUCAAAGGCAAACCAUAGGCGGAACCUCUCACAAUCUAAUGCUGAAAACUAUAGUGAUACAACUGCAGAACUGCACAGGGUCCCUGUGGUGACUGUCCUUGAUGUUCCCCAUGAGGUGGAAAAGGCAAGCCAGCUAAACAAGACGAAGAUUGCUGAAGGUGGAAGAAAGCUGAAAAAAAACUGGAGUGCAUCUUGGGUAGUUUUGACAGGAAACAGUCUUAUGUUUUACAAGGACCCAAAAGUACUGGUGCCUUCUGGUUGGAAACCAUCCAACAGUAAGCCUGAAAGCAGUGUGGACCUCAGAGGUGCGACAAUUGACUCGACUCAGGAGAUGUCAAGCAAGAAAAAUGUGAUCCAUCUUCGUAUGGUGACAGGAAAUGAGUACCUUUUGCAGUCUGACAAAGAUCUCCUAAUCCAGGAGUGGUAUGAUGCCCUACAAAGAGUCAUUGAGAGGCUGGACCGAGAAAACCCACUGGAUGACAUUAUUUUAAGGAGAGCGGGCAGUGUGGAGGUCUUGGAUGGGAGUGGCGGGGAGGAAGAAAGUCCACUAAAAACCAAAGACAACCGAAAAUUCUCAUUAUCUUGGGUGAGCUCGAAUCCAUCAGACAAAAAGAAAGUGAGAACAAGACUAAAGAAACUGUUGGUAAGGAGACCUCCACUGCAGACUCUUCAAGAAAAAGGCCUUAUUAAAGAUCAGGUUUUUGGAUGCCGCCUUGAUGCUCUUUGUCACCGAGAGAACAGUACAGUCCCUAAGUUUGUGUGUAUGUGCAUAGAGGCUGUAAAUGAGCGAGGUCUGGAGGCGGAUGGGAUUUAUAGAGUCAAUGGUAACUUGGCAACUAUACAGAAACUGCGAUUCAUUGUUGACAGAGAAAGGGCAGUAACAACGGAUGGACGGUACCUAUUCCCGGAGCAGUUGUCCCAAGAGGAGAAGCUGGACCUCAGUACCAGUGAUUGGGAAGAUGUGCAUGUGAUCACUGGUGCUUUGAAAAUGUUCUUUCGAGAACUCCCGGAACCCCUCAUUCCAUUCAGCAUGUUUGAGCAGUAUGUAGAAGCAGUCCAAAUUCCAGAUCUUGAUGAAAGGAUAGAAACUAUUAAAGAUCUAGUGAGCACCUUGCCAGAGCCUAACCAUGACACAUUAAAGCACAUGUUAUCUCAUCUAAAAAGAGUAAUGGAGCACUCGGAAACAAACCGCAUGACCACUCAGAACAUUGGGAUUGUUUUCGGACCAACGUUGAUGCGACCAGAAAAAGAGCUGUUUUCCAACAUUGCAGCAAAUAUGGUAUAUCAGAACCAAGUAGUGGAGCACUUUCUCACUUACUAUGAGGAGCUCUUUUCAGAUGGCCCUGAGGAGUAGAGAAAAAACUUUGAUCUAGGUUGUGCAGUUUUCAAGCCUAAAAACUGCAGUUGAAGCUACAUUCAAACUUUAAGAUGUUACAGAUUAGUUUGAGUUGAUUGCAGUAACAAUAAUAUGAAUGCGUCAGUGGAUAAAUACAAGCACCGGAGAUGGCCUUUGUCUAAACAGCAUAAGCUAAUUCAGAGUCUGGAAUUCAACAUUUUGAAAUAUCCAGUACUGCAUGUACAUGGAAUGCUAUAGAAAUAAAAUAUACUUACACAGCACAAAUUACAGAUAAAAUAAGACCUUUAUCAUGAUGGUUAUCGUCGAUUGAUGAGUUCUUUUCUUCUUAUGGCAAGGGCCACCAGAAAUAGGUCUUGCCUCAAGAUGAGAGGACUUCAAACAGAAUUAAACACUGGAAGAUUCUGGCUUUACAUUUGUUUACAUUAUUGAGUUCUAGAGUCACAUCAUUCUGUGCAACAAACAACACAACCUAAAUAAUAAUACUGAUUACUGUAAUCUAUGCUAGGACUUCAAAUAUUAUGUUACUAUUGCAGACGAAGACUGUUUCCCUCAACCACUUAAAAGUAGCUCUUGUGUGUGUUUAAUGUUCUGUUUGUAUGGAUUUGUGUUUGUCUUCAGCUUAUCAUAUUUGUUUUUGCCAUAUUUUGGGUGAUAAUUAAAAACCUUACUCGGG